AAUAUAUUGAAAAUCUAAUCUUUCUCCUUAAAUAAAUUUCAAGCCGCAAAAGAUAAAAAAACAAGCAAAUUGAUCUUUCCUCUCUCGACCGAACUUGAAAAUGGCUAAUGUUACGGAAAUCGACGAAGAAAUACUAAAGCCUCGAACAGACAAGAGACAGUACAGGAGGAUCGUCCUCGGAAACUCCCUCCAAGUGCUCCUCGUAAGCGAUCUCGACACCGACAAGUCUGCUGCAUGUAUGCGUGUCAGCAUCGGCUACUUCUCUGAUCCGGAUGGCUGCGAGGGCCUUGCUCAUCUUCUCAUGCGCGCGCUGCUGCUGGCUUAUGCUAGUGAAACAUAUCCUGGGGAGGAUAGUUAUUCUCAGUACAUAAUCGAGCAUGGAGGCUACACAGAAGGCGCUGUGUCUUCCAACCAGACCAACUAUCAUUUUAACAUUAACAAUGACUGUUUUGAAGAAGCUUUGGAACGCUUUUCCCAGCUUUUUAAUAAACCAUUGAUGUCAACUGAAGCAGCCAUGAGGGAAAUUAAAACUGUUGAGUCCGCAUACCAGAAUUACUUAUUGUCUGAUGAGCGGAGAAUGCACCAGCUUCAAAAACAUCUCAGCUGGGAAAGUCAUCCUUAUCAUAGAUUUGGCAUAGGGAAUUGGUAUACCUUGGAUGUUAGACCAAAAGCAAAAGGGUUGGAUAUAAGACAGGAGCUUUUAAAGUUCUACGAAGAAAAUUAUUCAGCCAAUCUCAUGCAUUUGGUUUUAUAUACAAAAGAAAGCCUCGAUGAAAUUCAAAACUUGGUGGAGAACAAGUUCCAAGUUAUUCGAAACUCCAACCAACGUGGCUUCCAAUCUACGGGUCUACCUUUUAAGUCAGAACAUCUAAUGAUUCUUGUCAAGGCUGUUCCAAUAAAAGAAAGGCACAAAUUGACCGUUGCAUGGCCAAUAACUCCAAGCAGGCAUCAUUACAAGGAAGGGCCGUGCUAUUAUCUUACUCGUGUCAUUGGCCAUAAAGGAGAAGGAUCCGUGUAUCACACCUUGCAAAAACUAGGAUGGGCUACUGGAUUGAAAGCUGGUGAAUACUGGUGGACAUCGGAGUUUUCUUUCUUUCAAGUAAUUGUCGCUCUUACUGAUGCUGGUCAUGAGCAUAUGCAGGAUAUCGUAGGGUUGCUAUUUAAAUAUAUCCAACUCUUAAAGCAGACUAGUGUUUGUAAACGGGUAUUUGAGGAGCUUUCAGCUGUUUGCGAGACAAAAUUUCACUAUCCAGACAAAAUCCAACCUCUUAAUUAUGUUAUUAGAAUUGCAUCAAAUAUGGAGAAAUAUCCUCCAAAAGAUUGGUUAGUGGGCUCAUCGUUACUUUCAAAUUUCAAUCCUGACGUCGUGCACAUGUUUCUAAGAGAGUUCUCGCCAGAGAAUGUCCGAAUUUUCUGGGAGUCGAAGAAAUUUGAAGGAGACACAGAUAAGGUUGAGCCAUGGUUCGGUACUGCAUAUACUGUUGAAAAAAUCACUACUUCGAUGAUUCAGAAAUGGAUGUCAUCAGCACCAAGUGAUAAUUUGCAGCUGCCAGCACCAAAUAUGUUCGUACCCACAAACUUGUCUCUUAAGGUUGCUCAAGAAAAGGUCAAGUUCCCAGUAUUGUUAAGAAAGUCAUCCUAUUCAAAACUAUGGUACAAGCCUGAUACAAUGUUCUCCGUACCUAAGGCAUUUGUUAAAAUUGAAUUCAACUGUCCCCACGUUAGAGAUUCUCCUCAAGCUGAAGUUCUUGCCAACAUUUUUGUACAGUUGUUGGACGAUUACUUGAAUGAACACGCUUACGACGCUGAAAUUGCUGGCCUUGAUUAUUCUAUAUCGCGCACAGACAGAGGUUUUGAGGUGACAGUGUUUGGUUAUAAUGACAAGUUGAACACUCUGCUGGAAUCUGUCGUUGAUAAGAUCGCAAAUUUUGAAGCGAAACCCGACAAGUUUUCUAUAACCAAGGCUCGUUUGUGGAGUACAACAAAAAGACAAACGUCAUGCCAUUUAAUAGUAAUCACUAAAGUCAAACGGGUCUUGGGUGUCUUCCCAAUAGAUGCUUGGUUUUGGCUGCGGCUCCUACAUUGGUGCUGGCUACCAAAAUGGGUUCCAUUCAGGUGGUUUGAGGCAAGAGAGGUUGAACUCAAAAUUCCAAUGGAUUGGCUUGAUUGUUGGGAAAUGACAACAAAGGGCAUUAACAACUUCAAAUAUGAAAAUCCCUCUCUGCUGGCUAUAGAGUACUGCUCAUUAAUAUUGAGGGAUAUAAGGUGGCCUUGGAAGGAGAAACUUGAUGUUUUACCUCAUUUGGAAGUAGAAGACCUUGUCAAAUUUACUCCUAUUAUGUUCUCGAGGGUUCUUUUGGAGUGUUUCAUAGCAGGAAACAUGGAACGUGAUGAAGCGAUUUCGAUAAUUCAACAUGUUGAAUCCAUUUUCUUUGGAGGUUCAAACCCUAAAUGCCAACCAUUAUUUCCAUCCCUACAUCUUACAAAUGAAGUUGUUAAAUUUGGAAGAGGCGUGAGUUACCUCUACUCUAUUCAGGGCCUAAAUCCAAAUAAUGAGAAUUCCGCCCUACUCCAUUAUAUUCAGGUUCAUCGAGAUGAUUUUAUAUUGAAUGUGAAACUUCAGCUUUUUUGCCUUAUUGCAAAGGAACCAGCCUAUCAUCAGCUUAGUUCUAUUGAGCAACUUGGGUACAUAAAUGAUUUCUAUAGAAGGAUUGAUUUUGGAAUUCAUGGAGUGGUAUUCCUUAUUCAAUCUACAGUGAAGAAUCCAAGAGACAUUGAUUCGAGGGUUGAGGCAUUCCUCGAGAUGUUUGAGAACAAAAUUAAUGAAAUGACCAACGAUGAAUUUAGGAGAAAUGUAAAUGCAUUGAUUGAUAUAAAACUGGAGAAGCACAAGAACCUACGGGAAGAAUCUGGAUUUUACUGGCGGGAGAUUAUCAAUGGCACCCUCAAGUUUGAUAGGAGAGAAGCCGAGGUUGAAGCAUUAAGACAGGUUACACAACAAGAAUUCAUUGAUUUUUUCAAUGAAUAUAUAAAAGUUGGUUCACAUCGAAAGAAGACACUAAGUGUGCGUGUAUACGGAAAGAAGCAUCUAUCUGAAUACAGAUCAGAGAAAAGUGAACCACUUCAAAUGCAUUCCCUUCGAAUUGAUGAUAUCUUGAGUUUUAGAAGAUCACAACCUCAUUAUGGUUCGUUUAAAGGAAGCUUUAGUAAUAUGAAGCUAUAAGUAAAUUAAGAAGAAGGGAUUAGAUGGAUUCGGAAGCAACCCCCCUGCUGAUCAACAACUCAAAACAGAAAUAAUGUUUGGCAAAAUAUAUAUAUAUAUAUAUGUAUGCAUGUAUAUAUUUUUACAUCUUAUCGACUCGCAGUCCACACAAACAUCUUUGUAACAUGAAAAUGCCAAUGCUCAUGUUUAUGCUUAUGGCUACACUUAGUCCUUAAUUAUCGAGUUGUUUACAUACCUUUCAAGGAUUAGGCUAACGAUAUUUAAAAUGCAAUAGUGGCAAA